UUUGCCGGGAAACACAAUAGGAGGGGGAGAUAGUAAAAGUUCUACUCAUGAACAGCUGUUAUAACCAUGUUUCAUUCGUGUCGGUAGCUUCUUAUUCUUUGCUACAAUUGUCGAACUAGAGCUCGAAUUAGUGGUGGAUGAACAUGAGCUGUUGCAUAGUCUUUGGAGAUUACAGGAUCGAACAACUAUUUAAUUUACCAAAUUGAAGAAGAACAAGGAGCCGAACACAUGUGGAACCACAUCGAUAUAACUGACAAGCAACCGUCCUAUGGAACUUUCGAUGAGGUGUAUGAAAACGAAAACAAUAAAGGAACCUGAUUCCAAGUGCCUCCUUAGUCGGUGGUUCCAGGAAAAGAAUACAGAUGGCUUUUCUUGGAUCAGAUGGAAGAAAAAGUUUUCAUCAAAACACUUGAGUUAUAUUAAUAAAUUAAGAAUCAGGGAGAACUCCGAUUCUAUUCAUAGCAGCGUCCUUUCAAAGGGUGCUUUAUUUUUCCUAAAAUCCUCAAUUCUCUGAGAUCAUUUAUUUUUAUGGUGUAAUUACAAUUCAAUAAAGUAAUCCUCUUAAUCAAAUUUAUUAAAUCCAAACUAUUUCAAUACAUAUUUCAG